UCCACUUUACAUAGCCAUUGAGAACAGGUAUACAUAUUUGGCUCUUGAAAUACUAGCUACAUGUUCCUCGCCGGCGGUUGGUGGCCCAAUGGGAAGAACUGCUCUACAUGCAGCGAUCACAUUUCAAAAUAUAGGAGUAAUAAAAAUACUUUUGGAGAAAUUCGGUUAUCUGACCAAACAACCGGAUGAUGCUGGUUGCGUUCCCCUACACUACGUUAUGCUUUUGCCUCCCCCAUUCUGCCACACUAUGGCAUUGGAGAUUUUGAAAAUGUUGCUAGAAAAGGAUAAAAGUAGCGCCUUCAUAAAAAAUAAAAGAGGCAUGACACCGCUUCACAUUGCGCCUUUCAACAAUUUUAUUGGCGACAAAAUAAUGAAUGAAAUUUUGUUAAGAUGUCCAGAUAGUUACGAAGAGGUUGACAAUGAAGGCAAAAAUGUGCUACACCACGCGGUGAUAGGUGGACAUUUCGAUAAUGUACAAUUCAUCUUAAAACAUUGCCAUUACCUUUUGAAUAGAAAAGAUAAUGAUGGAAACACACCUUUGCUUCAUAUGGGUGCAACAUUAUUAUCACCAUCAUGGGAUGUAUGCAUUGUAGAAGCUUUGUUGUCUCACCCAAGAGUUAAUAAGAUGUCACUCAACAAAGACAACAAAAAUAUUUUUGAUGUUCAUCUUCAUGAUUACAACUUAACCGAGGAAAGAAUAUUUAUGUUCUUCGAUAAAUACUCCAUAAAGCCUUAUAUAGGAAAACGGAUCCUAGAUGUCGAACUCAAUUUCAAGAAUUUUAAAAAAGAGAUGAAAGAAAUAGCAUGGGAGCGCAUUGAAAAGCUUAAAGAAUCAAGUCUAGUUACUUCUACGUUGAUCACAACAGUGACUUUCGCAGCAGGAUUUACAAUGCCAGGCGGUUACAUAAGCGGUGAGGAGGCAAAUCAACAACAAGGCACUGCUAUUCUUAGGAAUAACACAGCAUUUCAAGCCUUCGUGGUAACAGACACAAUAGCCAUGGUGCUCUCUGCUUCAUCUGUUUUCAUCAACAUCUUAUUUAAUACAUUAUUUUCAAGGAAAGGAUCUUUCGACGAUGUGAAGUCGAGGUACUUUGGAAUAUGUAUGAAGUUAACAAUGGCGGCCAUGGCAUUUAUGAUGAUAGCAUUUGUCACUGGUACAUAUGCGGUGUUGUCACUCUCCUUUCCCCUUGCCAUAACCACUUGUUUGAUUGGAUUGUCUUUCUUCCUAAUUAUCAUUUUCACAACGAGAAAAUUGAUACAUCUGUAAAAUAAUCUCCAUCACUUCUUCCUCUAUGUUAAGAAUAAAUUUUACCGCACAUUAACUUCUUCCACUUGUAAUUUUUUGCAAUAUAUAUAAAGAUGGUAUUUUAUCUU